GCAUUUAGUUACCUCCCAACCUCGAUGGAGACUAGGUCUCACUACAUUUAGAUAAUACAAAGUGAAAUUAAUUAUAAUAAAAUGUUAAAUAAUAUAAUUUCAAUAUUAACGAUCUCGUUAUUUACAAGUAGUUUUGCUUCAUUUUGUCAUUGGAACAGCGGAUGCCCUUAUAAAUAUUUUGCAUCUAAAACAUCAUAUAAUGCUAUUCGAGGUGAUAUUAGAGAUUCGUUAGUGGUAUUAAAAGGCUGCGAACCGGUGAGCAUCUGGGGUUUAUUGCGUCAUGGAAAAAGAUAUCCAUCAAGUCGGUUUGGCAAAAGUAUGAAUGAAGCGUUAGCAAUACGCGAAGAUAUACUGUCUAGUUACAGAGAGGGACGCAGUUCUCUUUGUGCUCAGGAUAUAGAAGAUUUAGAUGCAUGGGUGACGGAUAAGAAAAUGUUCGACUCUGCCACGGAACUUACCCCAGAAGGUUACGAAGAAAUGUAUGGGAUUGGAAAACGGAUUAGGCACACUUUUGCAAAUUUACUGGAUAAAUUGGAUAAACAUACGUUCCGUCCAGCGUAUGGUAAAUGGAUAGAAGAUAGUGCGAAGGCUUUUAUAAAAGCAUUUAACAAUAAUAAAAUACACCCCGAGAAAUCGUUAUCGGAAUCUGAUGUUAUGGCCCCUUAUUUAACUUGUGGGAAAUAUCAAAAGGAUGUGCAGAAAAAUCCUAACAUAUACGAGGAAUCAGAAAAGUAUAAAAAGAACCCUGAAUAUCUGGCUACUAAAGAUAGAAUACAACGAAGAACUGGAAUCGCUUACGAGCUGACAGACACAAAUGUGACUGCAUUAUACGAUUUAUGUCGUCACACAUGGUCCGGUGUCGAGAGCAAACUGAGCCCUUGGUGUGCACUCUUCACUAAAGACGACUUGCAAGUCUUAGAAUACAUACAAGACUUGAGAUCUUACUACAGAAAUGGUUACGGCACCCCGCAAAGUGAAACAUUCGGUCAGAUACCUCUAGCUGAUUUAUUAAGAACCUUCCAGAAGGUAAAAGAAGGUGAUGGAAAGAAAAUGACAGCGUAUUUCACACACGCGACAAUGUUAGAUAUGGUGUACACAUCGCUCGGUUUGUUUAAAGACAACAAGCCCUUGAGUAGUGCAAACAGGGAUCGUGAUCGAAAAUGGCGGAGCAGUGCUAAUUCGGCGUUCUCAGUAAAUCUUGUAGCUGUAUUAAACAGAUGUACAAAGAAAGAUGAAAUUGACUACAACGUCGUUUUCUAUUUGAACGAAGAACCCAUUCGAGCUAUUUGCGCCGACGGUACAUGUACGUGGAAGGAGUUUGAAGAAAAACUUACACCAUUUUUAAAUACAAAAAUUGACUUCUGUGAAUUCAAAUCAGAACCUUAUUAAUUUAGUUUAAAGGUGAUAAUAGAUUGAUUUUAAUUUUUAGCUUUUGUGUAAUAAAAUAAAUCAAUGCAAA